GAAGCAAGAGAUAGAUCCUUUUUUUUAUGUCAAAUGGGGAAUAGAAUUCGAGUAACUCGAGAGCACUGACUGUCUUCAAGGCACUUUCAGGUUGGUUCCAUAUGACGUGUACAUUGGUGGUUUGCCUAGUAAAAGUCUCACCGAAUCUCUUGUGCGAUUACCACUAUUUUAGCAAGGAAGCCGUUCGAUGAGAAGACAAUCGUCGUUUCAUCCCGACUCACGGCGAUUGCUCAUACCUCCCGAUCUAUAUUCCGCAUAGCCAGGAUGCAACCGCAAGACCACCUUCCUUCGCGAAGCAGCUCUCCAGAUCGAGUACUCACCUCCAUCGAGGAGAGCCUGGUAAAGGAUGUUGUUCCGUGCCGAAAUCUAGGAAGCUUUGUGACGACACUUCAUUCUGAGCCGGUAUGCAAACUGGUUGCGCAAAGCUUACACAAGAACCAGGCCUGUAUGGAAGAGUAUCCUUCAAUAUCCAAGUUCAAACAGGCAUGCAUAUCUAUUCUCGCGGAUCUGUGGAACAAGCAAUCGUCGGACUCGCCCUAUGGUUUGGCCACCACGGGAUCUUCAGAGGCCAUUCAGUUGGCGGGGGUUGCUAUGAGAAAUGUCUGGAUGGCAAAAUCGGUUGGAAACAGGCGGCCGAAUGUCAUCUUCGGUUCCAACGCGCACGUGUGUGUGGCCAAGUUCGCGCAGUAUUUUGAUGUCGAGCCUCGAGUCAUCCCAGUCAGCUCAGGAAGCGGUUACACUCUUGAUCCGCUGCUAUUGCAUGGCAGGGUCGACCAGCAUACCAUCGGAGUCUUCCUUACGCUUGGCACCACUUACACAGGACACUGCGAUCCGAUAAGCGACGUAGCCGCGUAUUUGGACAAACUCCAGUGCGAAUCGGGUUUUGACAUUCCAAUCCAUGUCGACGCCGCCAGUGGUGGGUUUGUCUUACCCUUUUCUGCAGCCCAUGACGGUCCAGCCUGGGACUUUCGCAUUCCGCGAGUAGUAUCGAUCAAUGCUUCGGGCCAUAAGUUUGGCUUUGCUCCUUCCACGGUCGGUUGGCUACUCUGGAGAGAUCCCGGUUUGGUUCCUGAAAACCUCAUGUUGGAGUCAUCCUACCUGCGUGGUUCCCAGAGCGAGUUCACUUUGAGCUUCUCACGGUCCGGCGCUUCGGUAGUAGGCCAGUACUACAAUUUUCAACAUCUUGGGCUGGAAGGUUAUCGGCGGAAAAUCAGCCAACUGCUUGAAACAGCCUACUCCAUUGGCAGUCAACUUGAAGACACUGGAUAUUUCCACUGCUUAAGCAACGCUCACAACCACUGCAGGGGAUGCGGGAACCAACCACCGGGGAUUCCCGUCGUUGUCUUCACAUUCUCAGAGACGUUCAAGAAACAAGCUCCUUCUGCCAGCCUGGCUGAUGUGGGCGACAGAAUGCUUGAGCAAGGCUUUGCAAUCCCACAUUAUCGCUUACAAACUUGGGGCUCGGAAGGAGAGGAUAUCGAGGUUCUCCGGAUGGUCAUUCGAGAAGACACCAGAGACCAAGUGCGCAUCGCUUCUAGAUGCCUAGUUGACAUCGUUGCCAGCACUGUUGUGGUUUCGAACGAGUGAUCUUCUCAAGCAGGCAUUCCAUUUCUUAUAGAAUGGGCUGGUGGC